AUGGCCGGAUCAGGGCUCCAUGAGCUGCCCUCGGCCAGCCCCAACGAAACAAACUUUCCUGAGCAAACCGAAAACCAGUACUCUCGAAGCAAUGGACUGCAUAUAAGGAAUUCUUCAAAUCUGCCCAGAGAUUUAAGACAUUCUAAGACAGGGCCUCCCGGCGGGUCCCGACCAAAAAGGUACCCACGUCCGCCCGCGCGCUCCCCGGGCCGCGCUUCCCCGCGCGCUGCGCUGCGAGACGUUCCCCCGGCGCGCCCGGCGGCCGCUCCUACCUCGGCCCUUUGUCCUCGCGCCGCCGCGGCCCCGCUCCGGUGCGCCCGCCGCCGUCGGAGGGCCGGCCCAGCCGCCCGCGCGCUCACUCCCCCAGCUCCCGGGCUCGGCCGGCCGGGGGGCGCGCGGCAAAGCCCGGAGCUGCGGAGCGCGGAGCGCGGCCCGCGCCCGGCGCUGACCCCUGACCCCGGCCGCCCCCUGGCGUCCGCUUCUCCGGGUCUUCCGGCCGACCGCCGAGAAGGGCCGGCGGUGGGCUCGGCCGACCCGGGACCCCGCUGGGGAAGGGUCGCGGCGAGGGCGGCGCCGGGGCCGGACCGGGCGGCGUCGGGCGAGGGGAGGAGGCUCGAGGGCCGGAGCCGAGCCCCGCGCCCGCCCGCCCGCCGGCCUGGGUUUCCGCGCCGCGUGCCCGGUCCCCUCGCCCAAGUCCGACCUCCUCACCCGAAGGGCGCGGCACCGGGCUCGGGGCGCCGCCUGCUCUCGGGAAACGUCGCUCUCUCCUCUGAUCUCCCCGAGGGAUUCCUCCCCCAGCUUCCCCGUCCCGCCCUCCGGCACACCUCCCCACCUUCCCGCAGGGCCACGCGGGGAGCCCCUCCAGCCAACCGAGACUCUGCGGGGAAGGGAGUCUGGACAGACGUUGGGAGAACCCUCGGAGAACACAGGUCAUUUUGUCGCUUGGGACGCAGACGCCCAGAGGGGACAAGGCAGGUCUGCGAGGCAGCAGGAGCGCAGCCCAGGCUUCCCAAAGGCUCCACGCCAAGGGCCCCGGAACGCCCACCCCUGGACGCACGGGCUGAGCCCUGUGGAGGGCCGCGUCGGCAGGGCGCCCUUCUCCGGCCCCCAGCGGACCGGCUCAAGCAAGGGGGGAUAGGGGGACCCGGGUCCCCAGCAGCCGGGGUCGGCCAGUGGCCCACCAGGGAGCCUGUCUGA